UGCUCCCAUCCUUCCCCCGGGGGGCGGAGUGACGCUUCUUUUUGCUCUGAUUGCAGCUGUAGCACCACGAAGGGAGCAGGCAGCAGGUAUCACCGGAUGAAUGGACCGGCUGCUGUAGGAACGUACGCAAAUCACUGCUGGGAUUCAAGGAGCUGGUUUUGGAAAGCACGUUCCAGAUGAGCAGAAAGUGACGGUCUGUUAUUCAUUUAUAUUGACUGGAUAAGAAGGGGCGGGCAUCUCAUCCCUGUAGCAUCUAUAUUCGUGAGCCGGCGGAAAUCGCAUAGGAAAGAAGGGAACUGAUUUUACCCAAAUGUUGAUAGUUUUUUUUGCCUGCAAAUAAUCAUUGGUUGCCUGAUAGUUCCUCGAUCAAGUUUCUGGGGAAUCAGACAGGAGGAUAUAACCCCAAGAAGCAUAUAGCUCUGAGAGUGGAAAUGCACCAGUGCAGACCAUAAAGGUGCAUUUCGGUCUGCGCUCGGCUGGGGGGGCUCUACUGUAAAUAAGGACCCCAGAUGACAAGCGAGCUGCCGCUGCUCCAGCUACCACUGAAGAAUCAGCAUCACUGAUUUUAGUACUUGUGGAUUUUGGACUUAUGGAAUGAGCUUUGAUUACACCCCUCAAGGUUAUGAAGACUGGCUUGGACAGAGGUAGCCCAGACAAGAGAGCGAUACAACUCUGCGUCAGAAAUCAUACAGCACAAACAUGGUUUUGGACAGCAGCCUGAAUUAAACACCUAAAAAAGAGGAAAGUGGGAGAAGAGAAAAGACGAGACCUGGUUCCGUACUUACCUCAAGGCACUAUGACUGUCUUCCAAGAUGGACAUAAAAGAGCUUAAAUGCUGUGUGCUGCCCUUACUAUAAGCCAAGUCAAGUGACAAUAUAUUUAAAGCUGAGCUGACAGGUACUAAUGUAAUGCCCAGACCACAAGAGGGCUCCAUGAAGAUUUAUAGAAGAUGCUGCGGGUCUUGGCGCCUCUGGUGCUACUUCUGGUGUGGGUAACAAAGACAGUGGCUGGUCUGCAGUCAUUACGCAUUGCUGCCAUUCUGGAUGACCCAAUGGAAUGUAGCCGAGGAGAGCGCCUUGCAAUUACCGUGGCAAAGAAUCAGAUCAAUCGAGCCCCAGAAAGAGCAGGACAUGCAAAAUUAGAGGUGGAUAUCUUUGAACUGUUGAGGGACAGUGAAUACGAGACUGCUGAAACUAUGUGCCAAAUUCUGCCUAAAGGAGUGGUGGCCGUACUUGGUCCUUCUUCCAGCCCAGCAUCUAAUUCGAUUAUCAGCAAUAUCUGCGGAGAAAAAGAGGUACCUCAUGUGAAAGUUUCUCCAGAAGAGUACAUCAAAAUUCAGUUUCAGAGAUUCACUAGCUUGAACCUUCAUCCUAGUAAUACAGAUGUUAGUUUAGCUGUUGCCAGCAUCCUCAAAUUCUUCAACAACACCACUGCCUGCCUGAUUUGUGCCAAGGCUGAAUGCCUACUAAAUUUGGAGAAGCUACUGCGUAAUUUCCUUAUUUCUAAGGACAGCCUGUCAAUCAGAAUGCUGGAUGAUAGUCGUGAUCCCACACCACUUCUUAAGGAGAUUCGUGAUGACAAGACAUCUACCAUCAUUGUCCAUGCAAACGUUUCCAUGUCAAGCACUAUUCUUCAUACGGCAGCUGAGCUGGGAAUGGCGUCAGCCUAUUACACCUAUAUAUUUACAAAUCUGGAAUUUUCUACACUUCAUUUUGAAAAUCUUGUGGAUGAGCGGGUUAAUAUUUUAGCAUUCUCCCUUUUUAAUCAUUCCCAUGCCUUUUUUAAAGAGUUUGCUCAGAUCCUUAAUACAUCUUGGCAGGAGAACUGUGAUCACAUUCCAUACAGUGGCCCUGCGCUUUCUUCAGCCUUGCUGUUUGAUGCAGUUCAUGUAGUAGUAAAUGCAGUGCAUGAACUGAACCGGAGCCAGGAGAUCGGUGUGAAACCACUAUCCUGUGGAUCGGCUCAAAUCUGGCAGCAUGGAACCAGCCUAAUGAACUAUCUCAGAAUGAUAGAAUUAGAAGGUCUCACUGGUCAUAUUGAAUUUAGCAGCAAAGGCCAAAGGUCGAACUACGCCCUGAGAAUUCUGCAGCAUGGUAAAAAUGGCUUUAAACAGAUUGGCCAGUGGCAUGCUGUAGAAGGCAUCACCAUGGACAAGCACCUGUUCUCCCUGAAUGUCUCUGAGGCUUUGUUCAAUACAACACUGAUUGUUACCACAAUUCUUGAAAAUCCUUAUAUGAUGCUGAAAUCCAAUCAUCACGACCUGGAAGGAAAUGAGCGGUAUGAAGGGUUCUGUGUGGAUAUCUUAAAAGAAAUUGCUGAAAUCCUUAAGUUUAAUUACAAGAUCCAUCUAGUUGCAGAUGGAUUAUAUGGAGUUUCAGAAGCAAAUGGCACAUGGACUGGCAUGGUGGGAGAGCUAAUUUCUCGGAAGGCUGAUUUAGCUGUGGCUGGUCUUACCAUCACUGCAGAACGAGAGAAGGUGAUUGAUUUUUCCAAGCCUUUCAUGACACUGGGAAUAAGUAUUAUGUACAGAGUCCAUAUGGGACGGAAGCCUGGCUACUUCUCGUUUCUGGAUCCAUUUUCCCCUGGUGUCUGGCUCUUCAUGCUGUUGGCCUACCUUGCUGUUAGCUGUGUCCUCUUCCUAGUAGCCAGACUGACUCCAUAUGAAUGGUAUAAUCCUCAGCCAUAUAUCAGAGGGCGGGAGAAUUUAUUAGUUAAUCAGUACUCUUUAGGAAACAGCCUCUGGUUCCCCGUUGGAGGAUUUAUGCAGCAAGGAUCGACCAUUGCACCUCGUGCCUUGUCUACGCGCUGUGUCAGUGGAGUCUGGUGGGCAUUCACUCUGAUCAUCAUCUCCUCCUACACAGCCAAUCUGGCUGCCUUUCUCACUGUGCAAAGAAUGGACGUACCAAUAGAAUCGGUCGAUGACCUUGCUGACCAAACUGCUAUAGAGUAUGGAACAAUCCAUGGUGGCUCUACUAUGACCUUCUUUCAGAAUUCCCGCUAUCAGACCUAUCAGCGUAUGUGGAACUAUAUGAAAUCAAAGCAGCCCAGUGUAUUUGUGAAGAGUACAGAAGAAGGUACUGCAAGGGUGCUAAACUCCAACUAUGCCUUCUUACUGGAGUCCACCAUGAAUGAGUACUAUCGCCAGCGAAAUUGUAACCUGACUCAGAUUGGGGGGCUGCUGGACACCAAAGGGUAUGGCAUUGGUAUGCCACUUGGAUCUGUGUUCCGUGAUGAGUUUGAUUUGGCAAUUCUUCAACUUCAGGAAAGCAACCGUCUGGAAAUUCUACGUAGAAAAUGGUGGGAAGGAGGAAAAUGUCCCAAGGAAGAAGAUCACAGGGCGAAGGGUCUUGGAAUGGAGAAUAUCGGAGGGAUAUUUGUUGUUCUCAUCUGUGGUCUGAUUGUAGCUGUUUUUAUGGCUAUCCUUGAAUUCAUCUGGACAGUAAGGCAUUCAAAUCAGACACAGGUUUCUGUCUGUGACCAGAUGGUGACAGAACUGAGGAACAUUAUUCUUUGUAGAGAGACUUUUCAUUCUCGUCGACAGAGAAGAGGAAGUAUACGCACUAGGACAGUACUUCCUGAGGAGCAUCCAUCUCGGAAUACAACUCUCAGCAAUGGGAAACUGUGUGGCGCAGGAGCUGGAGACCAGCUGGCACAGAGACUGGCACAAGAGGCUGCCUUGGUAGCUAGGGGCUGCACUCAUAUUCGUGUGUGCCCAGAAUGUCGGAGAUUUCAGGGAUUAAGGGCCAGGCAAGUCACAGGAUCCCCUGUUCAAAGUGAGGAGAGUAUAGAAUGGGAAAAAACUACCAAUAGCAGUGAGCCUGAGUAGAACUCAGAACACAGAGAAACUGUUAAAAGUCAAACAUUUCUCCAGAGUAUGAACCCACAGAGUGACCAGUAUUGUCUGGAGAAUGGAUGUAUGGAUGUAGUGAGGCAGUACUGAGGAGAUAUUUUAGAUACACAAGCAGGCCUAGUAACAGCGGCAGUAAGAAGACAUCUAUCAGCUUUGCCGGAAUUUUCCAUGACAUCUGCCAGUGCAUUUUGUGAAGAGAUGCCUUCAAAUCAAAGUUAGUGAACUCUGCUUUCAGAGAUAAGCAAGUGAGGUGUUUUCUACACCGUCUUUCUGGGGUAAAGGUGCUGAGAUGCAAGUUUCUCUGUGUCUUCACAAGUUUCCAAAUAAUUUUCCAAACACAUUUUCAAGUCUUAGUCUUAUCAAAAAAAAAAAAAAAAAAGAUUUUUCUAUGCAGCAGUGUGACUGACCCAAAGCCUGGAAUGUUUCAGGGACAGAGCACCAAACACAAUCCUUCAUCAACUGAAAUCAUAGAGGCCUUGAAACACCACAGUUUUUUCAGGUGUUCUUCAAAGAUUCUGAUCAACUGUGGCUAAGGAAUUUUGGGGAAGUCAAACAGUUUGUUAGAGAGAAAUUUAAGAUAAGCUGACAGUCUUGUACUUCCAGUAUGAACCCCCAUCCCACCAUAUAAGAGGUAGCAAAAUGAGCUUAAAACUGAAGCUGCUUUUCUACAGAUGAGGGCCCAUAAUAAUGGCUUUGUUUGUCAGCUUUGUCUCUGUUAGGCUAACUGAAAAAUCGUUUGUACUUUGCUGGUUCCAAAAAGCUCAUCCGUUGUACAUCUGAAAUGAUCAUCAUAAUGAUGCCUGAUAAUGAAUAAAAAUUAACUUUGUCCCAAAUAUUUUCCAUAAACUGUGCUAUGUAGUCAGCUAAAGGCAGGGUAAUGCUGAUCCAAAGAAAAAAAUCCUGGUAUCCUAAGUAGGAACAGGACACUUCAGUGCUACCUUAAGAAGAUAUUGCACAGCUUAAGCCUUUCAUAGUAAACAUAGAUGCUGGGAGAGCAAUUAUAAGCACUGCUAAGUCUGACUUUAUAAAUAGCAUAAAUCUCUGUGUGUUAUUAUAAACAAUGCCGAAUCUGAUUUCUUAUAGUGUAUAAAGUUCUGUGUGUGUCACUAUAAACACUGCUGAAUAUGAGUUCUUACAGUGCAUAAAGCUCUUUUUCUGUACAGACAGGCUGGAUGGUGCCAUUGGAACCCUUCUGUUACUUAUCCUUUCAUCUUAAAGCCACAGUUACUGUGGCUCUGGUGACCCGAUAAGGAAUAUGCUGCAAAACCAUUUUUAAUAGCACAUCACUGUCUAAUGGACAGUGCUGUUCAGAAUAUAUUUUUAUAUUUAGAGAUGGAUAAUAAAGGCAUGCACUGAAUGGUGAAAUUCUGUUAACACAUUGUCACAAAAUAGUAAAAGUACUCACAUCAAAUAGUUUGCAAAGUGUAAACUUGUGCUUUCCCUAUGGCAUACUAGGUUACACUGAUUCUAACCUGAUAGCAUGAUGUCUGCAAAGCCCCCCCCUUGCUCCUCCCACAUGGAGAUUGCAUCCCCCCACAUCUCCAUGACUGUCUAAUGCCAGCUUCUCAUAGCAGUGAAGAAAGGAGAUAUUUCCUACUGCAUACUAUUUUGUGAUUAUGCUUUAUUCAGACACUACCAUUCACCGAACCUGACUGUUAUCUAAAAUUCCUUACUUGACAUUUAAACAGUUCUGGGGUAUAUAUAUUCACACACACACACAGACACACACACACACACACACACACA